ACAGUCGACUAUCGAUCUAUUGGCUAUUGCAGCUGAUUGCAGUUGCUUGUUUGCUGUAUACAGACCAGAGGUAAACAUGAACACGUACGUGAAUUUUUGACAUUCUAAACAAUCUAAACCAUCUAAGCGUAAACGAACUUGUGAUCUCAAUCCUCGCGUAAACGAGGACGAAUCUCCGAGAAUGCAGAAAGCGAAGAGGAAAACUGCCAAAUCGCGGCAACCUUCGGUCAACGAUUCCGUCGAUGAUCGCGCGGAAUUGCCGACGAUGGACGAGGAUGUGGGCAAGGACUUCGGUACCCUUGUAAAUGCGCCGCUCUCAAAAGGUGGCCACUUCGUCUUCAAGUCGGAGAAAGACUGGACCAUCGACUCGUCACAAUACUCUGAGUUCUUCACCCUGAACCUGAAGGCACUGUCGGCUGCAAUCGACUGCAUUCCGUUCAACGAAUACGCCGACGUGCCCGACAAUUACUUCCUAAGCGACCAGUUGACAAGUAUCCACAAUGAUGCCGAGAGAGGCAAAGCAGCUUAUAGCACGAUUUUGGAUGGUCUAAACACAUCGAGUUUACCAGAUAUCAAAAGUGGGGCUAAAGAGAAUAUGAAAACUGGUCAAGCAGAAAACUUGGAACCAGUGACAAAUGUAAAUCUGGAAGACAAUUUUGUUAAUUUAGAAAAAGAUUUAGAUUUUUUGUUGUCUCUAAAAGAACCCAUCCAGACCAACGAGCCAGAAAGUAUAGUGCCUAAGUUGCUGUCGAUGUCUCAUAACACUGAUUCCAAAACAAAGUCAAAGAAUGUUCCAAGUAAACCAAUUGACUUGGAAAAAUGGCUAGAUUCUGUUUUAGAUGAUUAAUUCUUUUUUUAUGCAAUGUUGUAAUAUGUAUACAUAAACAAAAACUAUUAAGACUGAGAGAAGAAAAGAAACAUAUAAAGUUGUUAAAAACUUAUUUAUGUGAAAAAAAACAUGUAAAGAGUUAUAUUUUCAUGAUUAAAAUUACAUUAAUCUUCAUUUUGUUAUACAUAAAAAUAUACAUAUUAUAUAUAUACACAUAUACAUAUACAGAUAUAAUGUAAAAAAUGUAUAAAUGUAAAGUCCAUUUUGAAGAAUAUAACAUAUUCUUAUAGUUAUCUCACAACUUGAAAUGCAAUGUAAAUAUUAGUCUUUGAACUUUUCUGUAAGAAAUACAUGCAUGUAGUCAUACACCACAAGCAAAAUGGCACCGCCUGGACCUAGUCUCAUCACCUUCGGCACCAAGCCUUUGUAUAAGGCUUUAAAUCUGGAAUGACAGAUUGCACGAGUGAGCAAACUCAAACCUAAAUACAAUCAUAUCGCACAACGUCAAAUGGUAUGUUUAAACAAGAAGCGACGGUACCAGACACAAAUCCUAUAGCAACCUGAACAAUUUUCAGUACAUGUUAGAAACUGAUGAGAACGGUGUACAUAAUUAUAUCCAUUCUGUGUUGUCACACAAGCCUGAGUGAUUUACCUUUGUUAAAAAUUCCAGCCAAGAUUCUUGUCUGCGUGUAGCCGAGAGCCCCUUAUUCAGACCGUUCAAUCCGAAACCAUGCUUUGAGACGAUUUCUUUUGUUACUGCAAAUGUCGACGGGCUUUCCUUGACGUGCUUUCGAUCAGAUUGCAAUUUUACUUUGACCACUUCAAAAGGGUUAACUAAUAUGGCCUCUGUAACACCGGCGAAGAAACCAGCGCAUGAGAAUGUCUACAACAAUGCAACUUUUUUUUAUUUUACAAACAAUUAGAUUGGAGUUAAAUAAUCGUAUUAGAAUAGUUACCAAUGGAGUGGGUGCACUAGCGCCGAAUAAAAAAAAUUGUUUAUAUUGUUCGAAUGUAAAAAACUAAAAGAAAAAAAGAACAAACUAAAUGUAAAAUUAAAAAUAAAUGUGCAGACAUCGAA